GGGCUGGGAACCCGCUGCCGGGGCCACACACACACACCAGAGCAGCCUGCCCAGGCACAGCAGGUCCUGAAGGAGAAGGAAAGAUAGAAGUGUGGCCCCAGGCAGCAGCACUCCUGAGCCUCUCCCUGGAAGGCUGCAGGGCCACACUGGCUGUCAAACUCCUGCAUUGAGAGAAGUGGCUGAAAUGGCACCAAGAAGGUGACAGAGGUGCAGCUCCAGGGAUGAACCAUCGACCGCUUCGGCACAGGACGAUGCAUUUCUCGGUGUGGAUCCCCUCCCCGUCCAUCCUGCAAGCGGCUGGAGUGAGGUCUGGUACCUUCUGACAAAGAGAGCAAAGCACACCAGCAGGACUUUCAUUAACUGCCUCACCCCAUAAGGAAGCUCCUCCCUGGCACGGGCAGGGUGACGUGCUAACCAAAGGCUCACGCAGGGAUGCCGGGGCUGAGGGGGUUUGUUUAAGGAGCGAGAAGCUGAGGACACGAGUGAGGACGAUGUCGCCAUGCUGGGGCUGAGCACGGGUCUGGAGCACAACCAUGACCAACGGCUCCAACUGCACCGAAGCAGACCUCAAACCUUACUAUGCCAUUACAUACACCUUCAUCCUGAUCCCUGGACUAAUAGGAAACACUUUGGCUUUGUGGGUCUUUUAUGGGUACAUGAAAGAGACCAAAAGGGCCGUGAUAUUUAUGAUCAAUUUGGCCAUUGCCGACCUCUCCCAGGUUCUAUCCUUGCCCCUGAGGAUUUUCUACUACUUGACGGGGACGUGGGAAUUUGGAGGAGGCCUCUGCAUGCUCUGCUUCUACCUGAAGUACGUCAACAUGUACGCCAGCAUCUACUUCUUGGUUUGCAUCAGCGUCAGGAGGUACCUGUUUCUCAUGCACCCCUUCAAAUUCAGCGACUGCAAACGCAUCUGCGACAUCUACAUCAGCAUCGUGGGGUGGGUGGUGGUCUGUGUUGGCUGUUUGCCUUUCCCCCUUCUCAGGCUCCACCAGGAUGCUAAAAACACUUGUUUUGUGGAUCUCCCUGUGAAGGACGUUGACCUUCCCAUCUCCAUCGCGAUGGUGACCGUAGGGGAGUUGGUGGGGUUCGUAACGCCCCUCCUCAUCAUCCUGUACUGCUCCUGGAAGACCAUCUUAUCACUGAAAGAAAAAAACUCUGCUUCACACGACCUUGGGGAGAAAAAAAAGGCUUUAAAGAUGAUCCUCACCUGUGCUCUGGUAUUUCUGAUCUGCUUUGCACCUUACCACAUCAGCUUUCCCCUCGAUUUCUUCGUCAAAACCAAGAAGAUUAAGAAUGGCUGCGUGCAGAAGGUGAUCUCGGUGUUCCACGUGGUGGCUCUGUGCCUCGCCAGCCUCAACUCCUGCGUGGACCCCGUCAUCUACUACUUUACUACUGAUGAAUUCAGGAGACGCCUUUCCAGGCAGGAUCUGCAGGACAGCAUCCAGCUCCACAACCUCAGCUAUGUGAGGAAGCACUCCAGAGAUGUGCUCAGGGAGGGUGCCAUGGACUACUAGCUCUGGCCUUCCCCAAACCGUUGCCAGGACUGCAAACUUUCACUGUAUUCUAGAGUUUGGCCUAGGUUUGGUUUUUUCCCCAGGACACCGAGAGAAAUGAGUCAGAUAAGCUUCUGCUGGUUGCAGUGAGAGCUGGAGAUAAAAAUAUCCCCCCCAAAAACCCAAACCUGACUGGAAAUAUGUUGACCUAAUACUUGGGUUGCAAAUUUUCUCUGAAUACAACUAACACUUUGUACAGUCACCACAGGGCCUGUUCCUAAGCUGGGCAGCCAGGAGCAGGGAGCUUUGGCAGCAGCAGGAGGACACAGAGCUGUGGCCAGAGGUGAUGCUGUGCCUUUUUGGCAUCCCAUUACCUGGUCAGAUCCUGGUCACACAGCUCAGCUUCAGCAACAGCCAGCAAAGUCUGGUUGGGGGGGGGGGGUCUUGCAGAAAGAAUUUGGUCCUAAAAAUUAGCAGGUGGCACAGAGUUAUGUAUUGCUGAAGCAAAAGCCAGUUCAGCAGUGAGCAGUUUCUGGGGAGAGGGACACAAACCCCAUUGACCACAGAGGGUGGAGCUUAAGGACUUUCCAUUCAAGUAAUUAAUCAAGCGCCCAUUUUGGGGCUUAGCAAAUGACACAUCCUCAAAUGACAAAGUCGUUGAGGCACCCAGGCACUAUUUUCCUGCCAUCAGUUCCCAUUUCUGGCUCCAAAGCCACGUGGCUGGAGGCCAUAUAGCUGCCUUGGAUAAGCUUUAACCUGGGGCUGUGCCUUGGAGGGUGUUUGUUCAGGCCAGACAUCCCUCAAGCCUUCCAGGUCCUCUUUUAACCAAAGAUAGGGCAAAUUAUUUCCCUUUGAUAACUGCCCCUGUGCCAUCACUUCCACUCCUGGUUGACAGCAGCAUGAUUCAAACACAGCCAGAGGAACCAAACCUUUGUGAAGUCACAGGAACUCACUGCAAGCAGAGCCCAAAGGUGCCACCUGACAGGCUCCAGGAGCCUUUUAAAAGAAGGCUCAAAUGUGGAUGCCUCUUUCACAAUCAUUCCUUUCCAAACAAGCAGCAGAAGCUUUGGGCUUGACUGGUACUUGGUUUGCACCUUCCUGUAAAGUUGAUUUGCCUGGGAACAUUUGAAAUGUGACAUUUUGUGAUGUAAAAAAUACUGUGAGGGUAGAUGAGGUUUUAUUUAAUGCAAAGGUUGUUUUAUAGAUUUAAUUUAUAAAUAUAUAUAUAUAGUAAAUGAACUUUGUGAAUCCCACACCACAGGAAGACUUUUUGCCUUUUUAAACAUCCUCCUGUGUGAUAAACCCAACCUAUGUGAUAAACAGCCACCCUUGGCCAGCGUGGCUGUACCUGAGCAAGUUCACAGACACCACCACACUCUGUCAGCUGCUCACACAGCAGGGGCAAACAGAUUUCUUUUUCUGUUCAUUUCCUGUUGUAUAUGAUUA